AAAGACCACGCGAAGAUGUAAUUGCGCAACGAAAAUCUUUUCUCAUUCUCGCUGCCCGCUCAAUUAUUUAUAACCGCCGUUUACAUUAGAAAAUGAAGCUUUCCGAGGAGCACCUAUGCUCCAUGAUUAAUUAAUGAGCUGGGUUAUGUAAUUGGAACAAAAUCUGAGAAUUAUUACGCACGUCGUCGCUUGCUCGCACAUGUGGCGGGCGCCAGAUUUUUCAGUCACCUACACACCCCCGCCGAAAAAAUUAUAAAUACACCGUUGCCGGAAAUAUUGUAGGGGAAAUUCUUGCUAAUCUUGAUACGAGACGCCGCCGCCGUCCGUCAAUCAUCACAAGGCAAACGUGUGAUUAAUUUCUCCGUUUGGAAUCUGAUUAAAUAUGUGCAAAGGCGCCCCUUUUCGCCACCCGUCUUUCUCUCGCGUUUUCGCAAACGCCGCGCGUAUAAAAGUUGAAAGCGGAGCGUGCUGCAUCAUUUUUCAACAAGUGAGCGGCGCGGUAACAGCGCGAUUUUUAAAAAACGGUGUACUUACGUCCGAUAGUAAUAAUGAAAAGUUUGUGCUUUAUUGGUGCGAUUUUCUUCAUCGCCGUCUAUCAACAAGUGGAAGCGAUUCCAUUUACAAGAUUAAAGAGGGUUUCCGAUCAGCGGCUGGCCGAACUGGAAACGUUAGUGGCGCUUAGCAAAAUGUCCGGGAAACUGGUGACGGUACCGCUCGGUUUGGGCAAAGUGGAUCCGAAACUUAUUGGCAGAAAGCGACGCUCGCAGUCCAGACUUCUCGACUCGCUCUUCAACCACUCCGCCGAAGAGGACGCGGGCGCGCUGGAGUACGAGGAAAACUAUCGCUAUCGAAAAUGAUGAAAGUGAUCUUAGCCCAAUUUUCUUCCGAAUCAGUAUUAUUUUUCCUUUAAAUGAAUUGAAGACUUAAAAAGCGGUUGUGUUCAUUGUUUUUUAAGGUAGCCUAAUUUAUUGUAUUUAUUUAUAAACAAUUUAGUAUUGCUAAGUAUUAUUUAUAAUAAAUCUCGAAGUUUCAUCAAU